GCUCAGCGGUACCACAUGGCGGCGCUCCGUGGUCGAGGCGUGGAAGAAGGCCGCGGGAUGGGCGCUCUUGCCGCGCUCUCUGUGGUGCGUGACCUCAUCAGUGUGCGACGGCGGCGACAGCCGUGGCGACCGGAAGCUGUGUGCGUGGGUACGGCACGAGCGUUCCUGCUGAGGUCGCUUCCUCUCAGACAUGACCACACAGCUCAUGAUGAUGCCAUCUGGUCAGUUGCCUGGGGAAAGAAUAAAAAAGAUGGUUCUGAAACUGUGAUCUCUGGUUCUUUGGAUGAUCUCGUGAAAGUCUGGAAGUGGAAUGAUGAAAAAUUGGAUCUACAAUGGACAUUGGAGGGUCACCAGCUAGGUGUGGUGUCUGUGGAUAUCAGCCACACGGGUUCCAUUGCAGCAUCCAGCUCCCUAGAUGCUCACAUUCGCCUUUGGGAUUUAGAAACUGGCAAACAGAUCAAGUCAAUAGAUGCUGGCCCUGUUGAUGCUUGGUCCCUGGCUUUUUCACCUGAUUCCCAGUUCCUUGCAACAGGAAGUCAUGUGGGAAAAGUAAAUAUUUUCGGUGUUGAAACUGGAAAAAAAGAAUAUUCUCUGGACACUAGAGGAAAGUUCAUCCUUAGCAUUGCAUAUAGCCCAGAUGGAAAAUACUUAGCCAGUGGAGCAAUAGAUGGCAUUAUCAAUAUUUUUGAUAUUGCAACUGGAAAACUUUUGCACACGCUAGAAGGUCAUGCGAUGCCUAUUCGUUCCCUGACAUUUUCUCCAGACUCUCAGUUACUUGUAACUGCUUCAGAUGACGGCUACAUCAAAAUCUACGAUGUACAGCAUGCCAACUUGGCUGGCACACUGAGCGGUCAUGGAUCCUGGGUAUUAAAUGUAGCAUUUUGUCCUGAUGAUACCCAUUUUGUUUCCAGUUCAUCUGAUAAAAGUGUAAAAGUUUGGGAUGCUGGAACAAGAACCUGUGUUCAUACUUUCUUUGACCACCAAGACCAGGUUUGGGGUGUGAAAUAUAAUGGAAGUGGGUCCAAAAUUGUAUCUGUUGGAGAUGACCAAGAAAUCCAUAUUUAUGACUGUCCUGUUUAAAUGUCUUGACUUAAAUGCUUUGGUUUUCUGCUGUAGCAUUUCUUAAAAAUACUGCAGUCCUUGUAUUAUUACCUUUUUAAUAUUAAAAAGCAUUUUAGUAAUGCUGAAGAAAUGAGAUCAUUUGUAAUUUCAAUUCUGUUUAGCAUGGGAGAAAGCUUUACUUUUUUAAAAAUAAAAGCUACCGCUGCAAUUAA